AGGGCCACAAGUUUAUUGGCCUUUGACUGCUGAUGAGACCUUUUGAAGAAAUCAUGAAUUGCCAACUGCUCCUUUGCUUUAGUCUAAAUAUACCAGCACAUAUCUGCUUUCGGUCGGUCAGGCAAAGAAUAUACUGGAUCCUUUUCCGAGGCGACAAUUCAGUGAUUAUAAGGGAGCAUGUUACAUACCCUGGAUACAUUGGAAUUGUAGAUGAGGCUGUGCCAACUGCUUCUAUGCAUAUUCAAGGCGGAGUACCACAGCUCAGUCACCUCUGGUCUCCAGACCCAUCCUUGCAUCUUGUGCGCUGGCGACUCUUCUGUGGUUGCUUGGAAAUGGAGGACCAGAUUCAGGAGAUCAGCGUGCUCCCUCCCACCUAUGUGGUGUUUUGUUGUGUGCUGCAUCAUCUGUUUCGAGCCAGAAUCAUCGAGGAACCAGAGCUUUGUGCUUUGAUCCUGCAAUGCAUCCUGCCAUCUGGGACAAAACUUGAGCUUUUAAAAAGGCGAAUCCCCAACAGUGAGAUCAAUGCUGACCUGGUUUCCGUCUCAACAUGUGUAAUGAUUGGGAUUCAGUGUGUGACCAUGGCCCUCUGUGUCUGUGGAAAACCGUCGCCCGUGUCAAGUGCUGCGCCUUGGCUAUGCUUCGAUGGAAAGCUGUUUCACCUAAUUCAUCGGGAUCUCAGGGAGUUGCAAACAUCAGUUCCCUCAUUAUUACAUCAUGAUGGUGACCGGCUGCAUUUGUAUAGCCAGCUGUGGAAUAUUGUUACUUCUAGAUGACCGCUACAUUAUCCACUUCGUUUCUGAGCAAGCCUGAAACAAGAAUGUUGACGACAUCUGAACUGUGAUUUUGAACCAAAGCAAAUGUUUUCUGCAUGUUUUCAUAAAUUAUUUUGUAACUUCAUUUGUAUGUUUGACACUCAGACAAAUCAUGGUGCAGAAACUGGUGGUGAUAUUAGUUUCUGAUCAUUUCCAACAUAUAAUCAUUAUCAUGACCAUUCGACAUUCAUUCUCACAACACACAUUUCACGUCACACUCAUGAUUUACCUGAUUUAGUGCCUGGAAUUUUAAAGCUCUUAACAACCACAUACCAUAAUCAUUGUCCACAUCUGUUGUCUCAUGCAAUGACUCUCUUUAUUGGCCAUAAAACACCACACAUUAUCAUCAUUAGUAGUAUUAGGCUAAUCCUAUCUAAAUUUUAUUGAAACUGCCAAGUGUCAAAAGUUUUUAUUAUUUGCUAUCUUAUCUUCCAUAAAGUGCUUCAAAAGCUUUUUAAACACUUGUAUGUUAGUUGAGUUGGCAUGUUCCCAGUUUGAGGCAUAAGGAAACUUCAUAUACAACUUAAAGGAUAUGAAAUGUGUUUUGAAGGUGAUAGGUGCACUGGAAUGUCAAAACGGACUUUAAUUUAUCACUGCUCAUUGCUCAUUAACAUAGGAGGAAGUGGAGCCAAUAUAUUGGCUGGCGGAUUAAGCUAAUGCUUCCUUUGCUGUUAUCCCUCAGAAGCUAGAGACUUCUCCCAUAGCUCACAUUGACAAUUGAAAGUGAAACAGGUAUGAAAGAAAAAUGUUGCUAUGCGUCAUUCCAUUCAGCGUAAGUUUUAUGCCACCAAAUGCAACACACAGUACUUUUGCAUGGAAGGUGUUGCAGAUCUGAAGUUUCGGUCAAAUGAGCAGUGUGGCAUGUUUUUUUGACCAGCUGGCCACAAUGCUGCAUUUUGAUUGGCUGUCAAACGUGUUGCUCAAAAUUACAUGCGAUAUAUGCAACAUUACAUCCAUAAGAACUAGUCACCCCAUAGGAAGUAACAGGAGUACCAAAAUUUGGAUAUUGCAUAAAAAUGUGUGAUGUGACACUUUUAUAAUUUCACUAUUUGCGUAGCUUCUGCAGUGUUGCCCUCAAUGUUGUGAACAUUGUGUGGUUGUGCACACUGAAAUGCAGAUGCUCAAUGGCCAUUGAAUGACGUCAAUGUUGAUGCCAGGUAAAUGAUGCGAUUGGUAAUAAUCCCAGUGUGUUUUGAAAAAUUCUGCCCAGUUUCUCAGUAAAACUGCUGCUUGGGUAAGCUGGUUCAUGCUUAACAGAUUUACCAGUGCAAAAAGAUGAAACACUUGAAAAGGAAACAGUGCUGUGUGCGUGUGUUUUCUUAUAAAUCUGAAAAAUCUAUCGUAAACAGUUUCCUGGUGUUGAUUUUGCUGCUUGGAGAAGUUUUGCUGCACUUGCUUGGCAAAAAUGUGCACCGCUCUUCCAUAAAGUUUGCUGGAGUACGAGCUGAUAUUCAUGCGUCCAAUGCUGCGCGUCACUUCAUACUUAAUCCCAAGCAUACAAUUUCAAGGAGCUCUGCUACACCUAUUCUUAGAACACUGGAUUGGGUGCAGUGCCUUACAGGGAGUAUGUUCUAUGAAACUGACUUUGUAAUACAAUCGUUUGCUCUCAAAAGGAAAAUAAAAUUAUGUAAAUCUGUAGAAA